CACCUGCCCGCGGCUUUAAAGUUGCAGCGGCCGGGACACGCGAUGACUCGGGUCGUGCUGUGCCGGCCGCGGCUGCCGGGUUGCGUUGCGGUCUCGUGCGCGAAGCGGGGCCGUUUUUCUCCAUCGCCCCCGCCCGGCCGCUAUUGCCUUUCCCCGGCGGCCGGGGAAGGGGCGGGAGGGGCUGGUGCGCUCGGGAGAUGCCCGUGCCCGCCGUGGGUCCCCCGCGCGGCGCACCCGCGCUUCUCCGCGACUCCGCGCCCCGGCAGCGGUCGGGCGGGCGCGGGUAGUGCCACCGCUGCCACCUCGACCCCCUGCAGGACGAGCCAUGGAGCCCGGCGCCCCGCCUGACCUCCGCGACGUCGAGCAGAAGCUGGGGCGCAGAGUGCCCGAGAGCCUGGCGCGGCCCCUGCGCGGGGAGGAGCUCCCGGCCCGCCCCGCGGCCGCGGCCCCUGGACCCCGCCGCCGCCGCGCUGCUGCCCUGGCCCGUCUGGAGACGAAACUUCAGCUCCUGAGACAGGAGAUGGUUAAUCUCCGAGCGACUGAUGUGAAGCUUAUGCGGCAGCUCCUCCUCAUCAAUGAAAGUAUUGAAUCAAUCAAGUGGAUGAUUGAAGAGAAAGCCAUUGCUAGCAGAGGCAGCAGUUUGAGCGGAAGCCUGUGCAGCUUGCUAGAAAGUCAGGAGACAUCCCUCCAUGGCAGCUGUAACAGCUUACAAGACUGUAGUGAUGGACUGGAUGGAAUAUCAGUGGGGAGUUAUUUGGACACCUUAGUGGAUGAUGUUCCUGGUCACCAAACUCCUUCAGAUAUGGACAAGUUCAGCGAUUCUUCUGUCACAGAGGACUCACAGUCUCCACAUAAGCAUCCCAGAAUUGAUUCUGAUGAGUACUACUGUUUCGGUUAGUUAGAACAGGUUCCAGUGGGACACAAAUGCACUUGUACUUAUCUUUUUUCUUUGCUGCUAUUUUAUUUAAUGUACAAGAUCCCCAAAGUUCUCUUGGAAGGAGAAUAUUAUAUAAUACUUAAAUUCUUUUGCAUAACUUUUCUAUUGCUUUUAAUGUAUUUUCUUCUUGAUGGGUUGGGCUUUCCUUCUCCUCCUCCUCAUCACAUUUUCUUAAUUUAUUGUCACUUUUAUUUUUUGUUUUAGGUUUUUACAAUGCUUUAUUAACAAGUUUGUAAACGUGGUGAAGGAAAAGCUUUAUCUUUAAAAUGAAACAUCAGGGAAUGACAGCAACAGUUUUGUAUUUGUUGUCAAUAAAAGAUCUUCUGAUAAAUAUAUGUUGUCAUAAAUUUUCUUGACUACCAGGUCUGGCCUUUCCAAAGAUGCUGUUCUUAUUGAGCCUUAAAUCUGAUAUACUGAAAAUAUUUCUACAAAAUAACUUUCAUUUUCUAAACAAAGAAAUUUGAUGCUGUUAAAGUGUCUUUAUCUGAAAUAUAAAGUAUUCUAAACUUUUCUGUGUGGGUUUUUUUUAAUUUCUCACUGUUCUCUUGUCUCUUGUUAAUUUUGAUGUGAAAUUCUGGUUCUAAAUUGUUGAGGGUUUUUUAUAUGGCAUUGUUGCCGAUUGUUCUUUCCUGUUUCAAGAGCUUUUCUUAACAUUUUUGUGCCUGCUGAUGCAGUUGUAUUGGAAGUAGCUGAGAAGUAAAGCAAUAACUGCUGUAUGUAGUCUUUGGCUUUGAGGCUGCCCUGGUCAAUGCUUUUGUGCAGAUUAGGAGGUAGAUUUUUCUUUUUAAGUGCUUCAGAAGCACUUAAAGUUGAAGGAAAAAAGGUUGGAAAAAAGGGUUACAUUAAGUAGAAUAUUGACUGGGAAUUCAAAAUAGAUUUUAUUAUUUUCAGUUAUUUAAAUUUAAGGAACAGGACUAACUCCCUGAUAUAAAAGUGUGACUCUCUUGAAAGUUUUUCUGCCUUUAUUGCUUGGCAUGGAAGUUGAGCAUCAAAAUGUAUACUCUCUCUAAAUCAAAUGUGAAUGUGCAAUAUUCAGUCUUUCCUUCUCCAACUGUGAUUUUGGGCAGUAGGCCAACAAGUACAGAAAAUUUUUUCACUGUGAAGAAAAUUAAAGAAUAUUAUUAGCAUGCCUUCUCAAAUAUCAAGCUAUGCUGAAAUUACUUGAAAGAAAAUACAGGCUUUAGCUGUCACCUACUCACAACUCUAAUACUGAAUAAAGAGUAAUUUAAUCAGUGAUAGAUUUUUCACAUUAUGAUUUAAAAGUUCAUUUAAAUCGGAGUCAAAGCUGGGGAAACAAAAAAAGCCUACUACUAGAAGCAGUAAAAUAAGAGCUGUAUGUGAGUAGAAGCUUUUGUUCCUCUGUAUCUCUUGACAGGAAGUGUGGAAAGAGUGCAAGUGCCAAAAUAAAGGUGUAAGAAGACUGAUAGAAGGAAACAAGUGUUUCCAGGUGUUGUGUUUCUGACACCCAAGAAUAGGUUCAUUUUUGAAACAUAAAAGCUUCAAUGCUUUAGGGUGACAUGCAUUUCUUAAUUAGAAUUAACAGGAUUUCGUAGUCAAAAGAUAAUGAUGGUCUUGGCUUGCUACUUAAAGACAGAGAAUGAAAUUCAAUCAUCUCCUAAAAUUAAUAAAAUAACUUAAAACUGAGCUGCAGCUUGGCUGUUUAGACAAUGGAAAAUUCAAUGCUCAUUAAAAAACUAUUGACUUGAUAAUUUUGCUUUUAAACAGUUCAAUUUUUUUUCCAGCAUCCUCUUUACGUGAUUUACUUUGGUCUUGAAAAGUCCUUAAUGUAGCAUAAAGGAGUCUGGAUACCCUCUUCCAGCAUGGACUUCUUUUAACUUUUGAUCUGAUUUACCAAACUAAAAAAUAAUAAUUAAAAAAUAGAAUAGAAUAGGGCAAAGUAUCUGAAAGCACUUUGCAAAGCUCUGUUUGUUUCAAAUGGAUAAAAGCAACAGUUAAAAAAAAAUUGAUAGGUAGUAAAUAUUAUUAAUUUAUUCUGUGUCUUUUCUAUCACCUUAGCUCUUUUGAGACUUAGCUUGCUUUUGAGAAUGACUAUUUCAAGACACUUUGUAAAAUCACAGGUGACGAGCAACACCCAGUCCAUUCCUAUUUCUAUACCGCUGAAGUUUUUUCUUUGAAAGACAUUCUGCUGUGUAAGCUGUCUGUUUCAGAGACAAUAAGGGACACUCCACAAAUAAGGUAAAUUUAGUGCAUUCUCUAUUUUAGGAUGAUAGUUUGCUGCUGCUGUUGCUAGUAAAUGGAUGUGCUCUGGUCCACAAAAAAACUAUUGAAGAAGGGUAAAAAAAAGCUAACAUUUUCACAUCUGAGAAAUGGGACUUUAAAGAUUCUGCCAAAACUGUCUAGUUAUGACGUUUUGAGGUACUUUUGAAAGAGCAAUUGAAAUUCUUUGAAAUAUCCUUUCUAACUACCAAGUCUCGUAUUGAUCUCAAGGUUGCUUUGGCUCAUGAAGAACCAAGCCCGAACUCUUGAAUCAUCCAUCAGGACAUCAGAGACAUUGCACUCGGAGACCAAAGACGGAAAAGCGUCUCUUGCUUUUGGAAGGUGACCUGCCAUUAUCCUAUAAUAGAAACAAGAUGCUUAGAAAACGCUCUUCGUAAAGCGAACACUGGCUUUUGAAGGAAGUGAUAAAAUGCUGGAAGUGCUGUUGAAUAAUUUUAAGUUUAAAAUACUUUUCUCUGCAUUUCUCUUUGAAAAAGAGAACUGGUUAGUCAAGGUGGAUGAAGUGAAGUCUGAAAUAAUGUCUGGUAGCUGCAUCUCAUAUAGCCCUAUGUAAUCAACUGAGAAACUGUGGAGGUUUUGUUUAAUAAUCUUAAGCGGUUACUAAGCUGUCGAAAAAGCUUGUGCUAGUAUUUUUCAUCUUGCCAACACUUCUGAACUACGUCUAAAAUAUGUGUCUUUGAUAUAAAGAAUUAGCAUAUACCAAAUAAACAUGAGAUCAGUAGAAAGCAUCAAUCACCUCAGAGCAAAGGAGGCUUUGUUUUGCUCUAAAUGCACUUAGAGCAAGUUUGUCUUUCUCAGAAUGCCUGUGGAUUUACUAUAGAAACAGUUUAAGAGCAUCCUACCCUAAAAGAAACAGAAGCUUUCCCCUUGUAUAAAUUAAAAAGAGAUUAAUGCUGCUUACACUUACCUUCCCAUUGGCCAGAGAUUAAAUUUUCCUGCUAAGUAUGUCUGGAGGGAAAAUAAAACAAUUUCUUUCUCCCCACCAUGGAAUUUUCUAUGCUAUGGCAUGCCACCAAUUGGGUAAGCAAUCUUUAUGAAGUCCUUUUAAAAGCCUACUCUUGCAGGUAACAUGUCUGGUCUUCCAAACUGGUAUUUCCUUCUGAUCUUGCUUGGUUGUGUUGGCUGGAUCUCAAAAGAAGGAUGUUUGAUAAGAUGCAUCUUUAAGUUAAAAUUGGGGGACCACAUGGUACAAAUACCUGAUAAUAAAUACCAGAAACAGAAUUUUUGUUUAGGGCAGGGAGGGAAGGGUUGUUCUUGGCUUGUUGAUGGUGUUUUUUCUUGUGGUUUUUUUUUUUGGGGGGGGGGGGGGGUGGUUUGGUUUUUUGGGGUUUUUUUUCAAAAUCUGGCUGCAAAAACCAAGUUGGUAUUCCUGAACAAUUUUAACUUUUUCCCCCAUUUUUGAAAUUCAUAUGGAGAGAGAGCAGCAAGCUUGAGACCAAAGGUUUGAAAUCAUGCUUUUAGCUGUAAACACAUCCUCAGAGCAAAUUUGUCAGCAUUGCUGGGUCCAAAAUUUUAUAGCUAACAGAUACAACAUUAUAAUACUUUAAAAUCCUUUCACAUGAUUACUUCAUUGAUCAUCUUCUGGAAAACUGUAAGACCAUGGAAACCUUUCAAAUUUAGAAAGGAUACUGCUUUGAUUUUGUGAAGGGAAGUGUUUUUGUUAAUGUACAGCAAAUUAUGGAUUAUGAAUUAUGAAAUAAAGAACAAAGUACACAACAAAAUGUUUGGGUUAGAUCUGUAUUUUAGUACCCUGUGUUUCUCGUCAAUGUUGUUAGAGAGAUGCAUGUUAUAUCCCUAAAUAAUAAAAAAGUUUACUUUUUUCA